AUGGCUCCCUUGCUUGCGGUCUUCGCGGUUUGCCUGCUUUCUUCCGCUCUCGUACCGAUAGCAGGAUAUCCGAAUGGAAGAGUGUCCGUAGCCUGCGAGUCCAUGCUGCCGCAACAUGGCCACGAGCCUCAGUCGCAACCUGAGCACAACCUGACGGUGGACAAAACAGUGUUUCAGCCCGGAGACCGUAUCAAAGUAACCCUGUCUGGAUCGCGAUUCAAUGGCUUCUUUAUCCAAGCACGGGAUGCAGAGAAUUUAGAUGGUAACCCUGUUGGCUCAUUUUCAUUGAUCGACGAUCAGAUUUCCCAGCUCUUGACUUGCGGAGGGGUAACGGAUUCAGCUGUCAGCCAGACAAGCAAAUCGAGGAAAGAAAAAGUGGAGUUUUACUGGGUUGCUCCGGACAACGGCCCUCCGCAUGUUCAGUUCCUAGCAACUGUGGUUCAAAAGUAUAAAAUCUACUGGGUGAAAAUUCCAGGACCAAUCAUUUCUCAAACAAACGCGCCGCCUAUGGCUCCUAGCCAACCCGGGAGGCUGAGCACCGCGAGCUUAACCGAAAAACCAACAUCGACUAUUACUAAGCGGUUUAGCUCAUCUGGCUGUGGGACCAGCAAGUUCUGCGUCCGAAACCCAUCUUCCUGCGAGCCAGAGAAUAAUGAUCAAUGCUUCUUCCUAUCGUUCGUAAAAGAAGCCAGCACUGUGUUGGUGGAGAUGAGUGGACCCAGCCAAGGCUACGUUUCAUUUGCCUUAUCACAUGAUCAAUGGAUGGGUGAUGAUGACGCUUACCUAUGUGUGAUCGAGGACCAAAAGGUUCAGAUAAAUCCUGCAUAUAUGCGAGGCCGUACACACCCCGAGGUGGCUUCACAGGACGUCCUUCAAGAUCUAGCGUGGAGAUUGGAAGACGGGGUCAUUCAGUGCGCUUUUCGUCGAGCCAUCAAGAUUCCAUCGAUUACAGAGAGAUUUGACAUGUCUGCUAGUUAUUACAUAUUUCUGGCUGAUGGCGAUGCAGAGGACGGGCGUAUUUCAAGACAUCUUCGCCAGCCUCUAAUAACAACCAGAAUGUAUAAUAUCACAGGCUCUCCUGAUGACGUUGGUGGUUCACGGUCGCCGCUCCUUAUAAAAUACCAUGGUGCUCUUAUGUUCGUGGCGUGGAUGACCACUGUGAGCAUUGGUGUUGUCGUUGCACGUUUUUUUAAACCCAUAUGGCCGAAUUCGUCUUUGUUUGGGAAGCAAGUAUGGUUCCAGGUUCACCGGAUUCUCAUGGUGACCACAGUGGUUCUAACGAGCGUUGCCUUUGUCCUGCCCUUUUUGUACAGAGGACACUGGAGCAAACGAGCAGGCUAUCACCCGUAUCUGGGCUGUACUGUUAUGGCUUUGGCUAUUCUCCAGCCUGUGAUGGCAGUUUUCAGACCUCCGCCUCAUGCUCCCAGGAGAUAUAUAUUUAACUGGACUCACUGGGGUACUGGUACUAUUGCCAGAAUACUAGCAGUGGCUGCAAUGUUCCUGGGGAUGGAUGUGCAGGCUUUGAACCUCCCUGACCCGUGGGAUACAUACACAAUGAUUGGAUUUGUCCUAUGGCAUGUCUUCAUAGAUCUACUUCUUGAGGUCCAUGGUUACUGUCUUUUACAGAGAGAGUUUGACAAAAUGGCUGAAGAUGAGGUUGAAAUUCUUAAUCCCUCUCGCAUGCACAAUGAGGGCCACACCUUUAAGAAGAUCGUUCUGACCAUUUACAUUUGUGGAAACUUUGCUUUUCUGAUCACAUUUCUCGCAGCAAUCUAUCAGAUUUGAGAACAGCCAAGCACGCUGGCCCUCGUUUGCCUGCGACACGGCGUGUGCCUGCUAUUCUAUUAUAGCACCCCUACCAUGCGAAACACUUCACGGAUACGUCCGGUGGCCGCUGCUGUGCAGUUAGUCAUUGAUUCAGAUUUUCUUUUCUAGAAUAAAUACCAGGAUUCCUGCGUGGGCUGAAACAUUAAGCAAUCCA